GUAACUUUGUCCAACGAUCGAGGCCACACCGAUAUACACACUUUAGUUUGAACAGCCAAACAGACCGUCGUUGUUGUCAUCAUCAACACCGCUAUCGCGUCGCAGUGUUUGUGAAUUCCCCUCUAACCAAAUACACACACGAGCUGUUGUCUACGAGCUCAUCAACUCGAAAAUUUGCUAUUAGUGUUUGUUUUUCCAAUCGCGUUUUGUUUGAUAAUAUACUGUCCGCUUUUUCUGCGUGUGAAUGUGUACUAACGACCGCGACUUUAACGUAUCGUACGCGUAUCGCCUACCGCGACCUGUUGCCAACGCGUGUGGUGUUCAACUGAUGACCAUUUCAAAGGCCUCCAGCGUCAACAUUGUGUAGGUACAUUGUUAUACAUUUAUUGUUAAUUAUAGUGCGGGAUCGAGUAUUUUCAUUUUCUUGUAUCGUGUGAUGCGUUCAAGACAGUAGUGAACAAUGACAAUGCUAUCGCAGAAACUGUUGUACUCUGACACGGCAGCCGCGGCCGCGGCCGCCGCAGCUGCUGCUGCCGCCGUCAACGCUGCCAUGUAUAACUCGUCGGCUGCCGCAGCCGUGGCUGGAGGUGGCAGUGGCGGAGGCCCGGGCGGACCGCCGGGCUCUGCAAUGUCGACGCCGUCGCUGUGCUCGCCGCCGCCGCACCAACAACAACAGCAAACGCACCAGUCGGUGUUUUCCGGUAGCAACAUGAUGACUGCGGCGGCCCUGUCGUCCAGUGGCAACUGCAUGUCCGGUAUGCAACAGCAGUACGGUGGCAGCAUGAGUUCGGCCAUGUCAGCCGGUACGUCCACAUACGCGGGCCUCAACAGUUCGUCGCCCGUAGUCGGCCCGGGUUCGGCCGACCCGGCCAACGCCCUGCAGCGAGUACGCGCCGAUAAAACUUACCGGCGGAAUUAUACGCAUGCCAAACCGCCGUACUCUUAUAUAUCGCUGAUAACGAUGGCCAUACAAAACUCGCCUGUGAAAAUGCUAACGCUAUCCGAAAUCUACCAGUUCAUCAUGGACCUGUUCCCGUUCUACAGACAAAACCAACAAAGGUGGCAGAACUCGAUACGGCACUCGUUGUCGUUCAACGACUGUUUCGUUAAGGUGCCGCGGACGCCUGACAAGCCGGGCAAGGGGUCGUUUUGGACCUUGCAUCCGGACUCGGGUAAUAUGUUCGAAAACGGAUGUUACCUCCGCCGACAGAAACGAUUCAAAGACGACAAGAAAGAGCUGAUUCGACAGCACAGUGGAAGUGGAGGUAACAGCGAUGCGCACCAUUCGAAAAGCUCAUCGCCUAUGCAUCACGGUAGUGUACAACACGAAGACAAGAAACCGAUCAUUGACCACCACCACAAUAAAUUGGGCGGUCUCAUGUCCACCACGGCCGAUCUGGGUUUCGGGUCUGUCAUGCAUGGUCACAAGCACGGUCACUUACACCAUGACCAUCACCACCAUCAUCAUCAUGACGAUCCGUCCAUCAUCGGUACCCUACUCCAACACCAUCAUCAUCACCACGGACAUCACCAGCAACAGCAGCAACAACAACAGCAGCAGCAAAGCCCUGUGGACUUGUACGCUGCCGCCGCCGCAGCCGCUCAUCACCAUCAACAGCAGCAUGGUCACCAUCAGCAGCAGUUACAGCAACAACAAUUACAACAACAGCAAGACCAAGAACUUGGCGCCAUGGCUCGAUGUCAUCCGUCGUCCACACAUCAUUACACGGCAGCCGCGGCCGCGGCCGCAGCAGCUGCUCACCUCAAGUCAUCGGCCGCCGCUGCCGAGUUCGCAGCGUCCAAUCACCCGUUCUCGAUUACACGUCUGUUACCACCGACCGCUAGUGCUGGUGACAAUAACAAAGGGUCCUCUGCCGCGGCCACGGCCGCUGAAAAGAUGUACGAGAUGGCCGCUGCGUCACAGUACGGCGGCGGUGGUGCCGGCGGAUAUAACGAUUACUACCAACAGCAUCACCAUCAUCAUCAGGGAUCUCUUUAUCACCAUACGCCGUCGUCGGCUGCGUCCAAUUUGUGACAUCAGUACCCGCUGGCUUGAGGGAAUCAGCAAAAUUUGAGGCGUUUAUUCAAAGAACUCCAACCAAUACUGUACGAUGGUGAAUUCUGACCAUUUAGUGUAAUUGUUUUUUUAAUUGAAUUAAAUAUUUUCGUUUUUAUUUUAUCAUUAAAUCAUGUCACCGUAAGUAGUGUGCAUAAAAAAAAAAAAAAUUGAAGAUGCUAUUAUCAUUAUUAGUAUUAUUGCCAACUAUUAUUAUAUAGUUUUAAUCUCAUCAGCGAAUUCGCGCUAAGUGUUAGCAACAUUAUGUAUAUUUUAAUAUUUAUAGUUGUUAUUUUUUUUCAUCAGAUUUUUUUUUAUUUCAAAUAAUUGAUUAUUGUUAAUUGUGGAUAAUAUGAACACCCGUAGGAUAUCAAAACCAUUACUAUGGUGUUAUACAAGUAAAUUUUACUCGAUCAUCGAAUACUUAUUCUUGUUCAUUUGUUAGAUCAUACAAGAUGUAGCGGAUAAAUAUUUUUCAAAUUCAUUAUUAUUUACUAAUUUGAAACCCCGAUAAAACUUCGAAUCUCCUACUAUGUCAUAUUAUAUACUGUUCUGUUUUUUUUUUUUAUAAGAAUAUAUAGUAAUCUCUGUCUAAAUGCAUAGUAGGGAUUUCAAAUCUGUACACAAUAUAUAUAUUUUUUGUUUUUUAAAAAAACUAUUUAAUAAAUUUGGUGUAUAUUAUGUAUUUUUUUUAUGUUUUUAAACUUUUAGUAGUUGUGUAUGUAUGUAUGUACGUUAAACCGCUUUUGUAAUCUUACCUUAAAAAAUUAUAUUAUAUGUCAUGAAAAAUGAAUUUUUUGUGUGCCGCGGGAAAAAUACAUGAUAUAUUAUAUUAACACUGUGUAUAUAAUAAUAUAAUAUUGUAAAUAAAAUAAAGUUAUUAAUUAA